AUGCGCGAUUUAGAUGCAAAAAUAGAUUACAUAAGGAAAGGGCCAUGGAAGAAAGAGGAAGAUGAAGUGCUACUCAACCAUGUAAGCAAGUAUGGCCCCAGAGACUGGAGCUCCAUUCGAUCCAAGGGUCUUCUUCAUAGAACCGGCAAGUCUUGUCGCCUUCGUUGGGUCAACAAGCUUCGACCUAACCUCAAGAAUGGGUGCAAGUUUACAGCGGAGGAAGAGAGGGUUGUGAUAGAAUUGCAGGCACAAUUUGGGAACAAAUGGGCUAAGAUUGCGUCCUAUUUGAGUGGAAGAACAGACAAUGAUGUCAAGAAUUUCUGGAGCAGUAGGCAGAAGAGGCUUGCUAGGAUUCUUCAGGCAUCAACAUCCACCUCCAAAUCACACAGGAACAAACCUAAACUUCAUCAUCAUCUUCCCACUUUCCAGGCUCCUAAAUUGAGUUCUUCAUCAGAGGGAGAAUCAUCAUCAAAGCCUCAUCAGCCAUGCUUGUUCUCCUGCAAUGACAAUUCCGAGGUUAUUAAAAUGGUGGCAUUACCAGAUCUUAUCAAGCCCAAGUUGCCUAAUUCUGAGCAAGAAGAAUCUGCACUUUUUGAGAGCAAUAAAAGCAGUAGUAUGAUGGAACAAAUUCCCUUCCCUCAAAUUCCUGAUGAACUCCAAACUGAUCUAACACCAUUCUCAUUGGGAGACCAAGAUUUCUUGACUAGAAUUGAUGAUCCAAAUUUUGCUGAUUACUUUGGACCUCUCGGUGCAUAUGAGCUUGGGCUAGCCCCACAACACACCAUUGGGUUCCCUUUCUUUGAUCCAUCAGAAGGAAGUUGCAGAAUUGGGUCAACGGAUAUCAUAGGUAGCUCCAAAAACUAUGACAGCAUAUUUGAUGAUCUCCCAGUUAACAUGUUUGAUCAUAUGGAUCCACCUUCAAUUCCUUCCAAGCUCUGA